AUGGGGGAAAUAAGGGAGUUUUAUGAAAUAAAAAUGAACACUGUAAGUGAGGUCAAAACAGACAGUAAAUUUAAACAAAGACGAUUAAAAGAGGAUGAACUAUCUUUGGCUAGAAUAAAUAGAUAUAAAUCAGAAAGUUACAUUAACGCUAAGAAAGAUAUUAUAUCCCAAACGACAACUCUAACGGAUGCUGUUGCUUUGUAUUCAAACAAACUUCUUUCCGAUCUUGAACGAGAUCAUCAAUAUAUAACAAAAGCUUAUGAUGAAGAUAAAGAAACUAUACAAAAUAUGAAAAUAAAGAUUAACAAGAAUAUUACUGAAAUUGAAGAUAUUUCACGUACUACAGAUGCAGCAAAAUUCUUCAAACAAUUUGAAAAUUUAACCUUAAUGGAAAAGGAUUUACCAUCACUCGCAUUCCCAGAUAACAUAGUAAUGAAAUUUGACUCAGGGAAGAUCACGCAGUCGAAUUUUGGUUCAUUGCAUAAAAUGAAGAAAAUUCCGAAGUGUGAAAUCAUGCUUGAAGCAUCAAAAGAAUUUCAAACAGAGUUAAAAUGUAUCCAUUAUAUUGCAGUAGAUAACAAUAACUCCUUCUGGAUAACUGACUUUGAAUCAUCCGUGUUGCAGAAAAUCAAACAUGACGGAAAUCAUCAUGAAAUAUUGCAUAGCUUCGACAUUAAGGCUUACGGGAUGGCUAUAAAUAGUUCCAAUGAUCUCCUUCUUUGCAUUGGAGAUUCGAAAAUACUACAGAUAAAGAAUGGGGCGAAUGAUAUAAAUGACUCUAAAUAUAAUGUCACGCCUUUUGAUGCAGUCGCUAUCCAUAUCACUAGAGAAAAUGUAAUAGUAUGCGGGGGACACACACCAGCUGUCAUUGUUAUGGAUCUAGUGGGGAAAAGGCUAGCUGUCUACAGACAUAACAAUAACAUACCCCUCUUCAAUCAUCCAUUGAAUGUAACAUGUACAAAGAAUGGUAACAUUUUUGUUCUUGAUUUUAACGCGGAAGCAGAAACAUGCAAAGUUGUAGUGAUCGGAGCUGCGAUGAAAAUACUAAAUACGUAUGAAGGAAGAAAGGACAUAAAUACAAGGCGUCCAUUAAAGUCUAUUAGAAUAGCAACAACCCCAAAAGAUUAUGUAGUAGUCAUAGAUACUAACAAUAGCCUAUUGCAUGUUUUGGAUAGUGAUGGACAAUUUAUCACAUGCUACAAGACUGAAGAUGUAGGAAUAUUUAAUCCUGUUUCUUUGGCUUUCAAUUCUGAAGGACAACUGUAUAUUGGAUGUCAUCCACCUGAAAAUAGUUUCGACAAGGCAACACUGUAUGAGGUGAACAUUUAUGAGUACUAA